GUUUGUGACAAAGAUCUGUCAUGUCAUCGGUUGGCGAAUAGUAUCUUUGUGAUUUAUUGUUUUGAAACAUAUUUGGUGUGUUAAAGUUAUUUCUAUAUAGUUAUAAAACUUAACGAUAUGGUUGGGUGUAUUGUGCAUUGCUGAAAAAGCCGUAGUUAAUACAAAAAAUCCAGGAAUUCGGUUCCACGCGUAAGUACGAUGGGCGAACAGAUAUUUUGAGCAUUACUCGUCAUCAAAAUGGCUCGACUUUUCAAUGCAGUUAUCUUUCUGAUGGUAGUUACUCUUUGCUAUGGCUUCAACGGCGACAGCUUCGAGUUGGAAUGCCCAGAUGAAUGCGACUGCCACUACUUCAGAAUCAACUGGGUGACUGAUUGUUCCGAGAGUAACCUGACCGAAGUGCCGUACGAUGAGCUCAGCUUGAGCGUGUAUGUCCUGGACUUGAAUGGAAACAACAUAACAAGCCUUGGGCCGUUCCCUCACGACAUCAAAAUGAGAAGAUUGCAAAUUGCGAAUAAUAGGCUCUCGAGAGUUGAGCGGGAGUCGUUUAAAGGUCUGGAAUACCUAAUCGAUGUCGACCUGUCUGGGAAUCAGAUAACGUUUGUUGAUCCUGAAGCUUUCCUAGAUUCUCGCGGUCUUCUACACGUGGAAUUGCAAGACAACCCUCUGAACAUUACUGAAGGACCAUUCUUGAUGUCAGGGACAUUGCAAUACUUGGACGUAAGCAAUUGCAAUAUUUCAAAAAUCAAUGGACAGUUUUUCGAUAACAUCACCUCGCUUACAACUCUAGACCUCUCAAACAAUCCAUUAUAUAACUUAGAUGAUGGAGUAUUUGAUGUACUAACUAGCCUUAAAUCAUUGAACCUCAAUGACUGUCACCUCAAAUCCCUUUCCGAAGACAUUUUUUCAGCCUUAGUAAACUUAAAAUAUUUGGAACUAGCUGGCAAUCAUUUAACAGAAACUAACUGGCCAGAAGUGUUGGGUAAACUUGGAAGAUUAGAGUAUUUGAAUCUACGAAAGUCUGGAAUUACGUCUCUUUCAGAAGAUUCCUUCUCCAAUUGCACUAAUCUUGUGUCACUGAUACUCGCCGAUAAUGAAUUACGUGACCUGGACGUCGCAGCCACGUUAGGCAACAGCGUAAACCACUUAGAACUACUCGAUCUUUCCAACUGUCACAUUAAGGGACCUAUUUCAGGUGAAGCGUUUGCAAAUGCCACCAGAUUAAAAUCUCUGUAUUUGUCGGGAAAUCCUCUAUUUGCACCGGAUUUACAAGAAGCUCUCGCACCUCUACCAAAGUUAGAGAAACUCUUCCUCAGCAAAUGUGGCUUAAGGAAUCUGCCUGACAACUUCAACGUUUUCGAAAAUCUUCUUGAAUUAGACAUUUCCCACAAUCCAUUAGUAAACGUAUUUACGCGUCUUCUGGCGCCGCUGGGGAAAUUGGAGUACCUAAAUAUGGGCUACAGUAACUUAUCAUUUAUUGGCCCAGAGACAUUUUCUCAUAUGACUGCAAUGAAACAUUUAGUUCUUUCGGGUAAUGAUUUACUGUCACUAGAAGCUGGUCUGUUUGGUAAUCUUACGCAACUAACUACACUCGAAUUAGAAUUUUGUGGCCUCAAAAGAGCUCUUAAUGCAAAUGCAUUCUUUAAAAAUUUAACGUAUAUGGAUCUGCGAAAAAUCAAGCUAGGGGGGAACCCACUCUUUAUUCCACCUUCUGGUCCAUUAUUCCCAAAACAGCUUUCACAAGUUGUUGUUCUCGAUCUAAGCAAUUGUAACAUAUCGGAAUUAAAUCCUGAUGCUUUUAAAAACAAUGAAAACAUUACUGACUUAAACUUGGCAGGGAAUAAACUUAAAUCUGAGGAUGGUAGCUUAGCGUUCUUAGAGAUAUUAAAUCAUUUAGAGAACAUCAAUCUAAGCAAUAAUAACUUGACGACUAUUGAUCCACAAUUAUUCGUUAACAACCCCAAAUUGCAUCAACUAAACCUAAUUGGUAAUCCGUUUACAUGCGAUUGCAAGAUUGCAGAAAUGUGGGAUUGGGCGAAUAUGAUCAAGGGUGACUUAAAUGUUCUGGUUGGAGCAAAGAGUGCAGAGAGGGACAUAAUCGUCAAAGGAAACAAAAAGAAGAAGAACCUGCAUUGCAGAUACAGUGAAAUCCGUAAUAUAACUAUAACUGCAAAUAAAAGCGUUCCAGGUAGAAGACCGUUUACUAAGCCAAGGGAGAUAUCAUACGCGAACAGGACUUGGGCCAAAUAUGUUCGAGAAUCAGGAUGUGAGCCAGUUGUUAAAAUUCUCAGACCCGUCGCCUUAGUUCGUAACAAAUUUGGUGAGAGAAACGAAUAUUACUUCUCCAUGUCUGCUCUUAUCUUGUGUGCCAUUGCUUUCACCUUGGGUGCUGCUACAGUUGUUAUGACAUGGAGAUUUUUCCAGAGGAAGAACUUGUCAAAUUUUGAUGCCGUGACACAUAUAAAACAAAGAUAAAUGUGGAUAAGGGUCACCUAAGUAUAUAGUAGGUAAUUUAUUUUGUAAACUAACAAGUAGAAACUCUCUCAAAGAAUUUGUAUUUUUAUAUUUUCAUCAUUGUUACUAUUUUAUCAGUUGUGAACAAGUCUCUAAUUGAAAUAGGUAUUAUAAAACAUUGUAGACUGUAUUAAGAAAUAUAUAAACUAGUCAAGCCGUAUCGGUAGCCACUAGUGGGAUUUAUAGUUACUAGAAGUAUAGUAUUUGAAAUAUUUUUUAUAUUAUAAGAUAAUUAUAUGUACGUACCUAUUCAAGGGCUUCGUCAGUAUUGGUUAAAAUAAAGAGCAUUGUUUCUUAUAAAA